AUGCAGGGCGAGCGAUACCCUUCAGGCGUCGGUGGAGGUGGUGGUAGCAGUCAACACCGGUCCAUUCUAGAGGCUGGUCCGAAUUCCCUUCCCGUAGUAACCUCCUCGGCCCUAGUCGUCACCUCCCUGCUUCAGUCGGAAUAUCUCGGGCAAGACCCCUACUAUGCGGUGGCAACAGCCAAUACUACUACCCCACCGAUGGUCGCGGCUCCUAUGGAGGCUGGAGGGACUCCUAAGACUCCACCACCCUUGGGAGGAGACAGAGGACCUCAUCCUGACUUGCCCGACGUACCAAAUUCGGAGGCUCUCCCUGCUGCUGAAAUACUACCACCUGCUGUUGCUCACGAGGCUCAGGGGGCUCCAUUGGCACUGCUAGGGGAGUACAUCAUACGGUGUAUAGUCAGCAAGGACUGGAGGGUCCGCGAGGCAGGAUUCAUCCAAGCCGAGCACGACCUGGAGAAGGGCGUCUGGGCGGACAAGGGGGAUGCAGUCUCGGGAGCCCAAGCUGCUAUCUAUGCCGUUCGAAAAUGCGUGACGGACAAAAUUGCCAAUGUAAAAUAA